AUGAUCUACCUUCGAGCUGUCAUCGUCACGGAUAACAUCAUCCUGAUUUUCUCAUUUAUCUCUCUAACACCCGAAAGUAUAUCCGAUUAUACAGAAACUAACUCUCUCUCCCUCUCUCUCUCUCUCUCUCUCUCUCUCUCUCUCUCCCUCCCUCUCUUCUAUAAUUUCUGGGACAGAAUGUACGAUAAGAAAUGUACACGUAUUUCUCUCAAUUUAGUUACUCUCUCUCUCUCUCUCCCUCUCUCUCUCUCUCUCUCUCUCUCUCCUUUUUUUCACUCUGUGGCCUCUGUCAGUCUGUCUCGCUCAUUCUAUAUUUGUCUGUCACCCUCACUCUGUGUCUGUUUUCUCUCUCUCUCUCUCUUUCUUUCUCUCUCUCUCUCUCGCUCUCUCUCACUUAUCAUUGUUUAUUUUAGUCUUACCAUAAGAUCCGUAUGGAAACGUUUAUACUCUAAAAAGAGAUCACGGGAAGUAAAAAAAAAUAAAAAAUUUCUCCUUCUCUCUCUCUCUCUCCCUCUCUCUCUCUCUCUCUCCUUCUCUCUCUCUCUCCUUCUCUCUCUCUCUCUCUCUCACUAA